AUGACCCAUCCAACACUCGAUUUAAUUGGGCAUCUCAGCCGACAAUGAACAUAGUUUGUUUGGAUGAACUGGAGGUAGACAAUACUACAGAAUCAAAAAGAGAUGAAAUAACAAAGGAAUACUGUCAUGUGCUGUACUUAUCUGGUGAGUACGGCCCUAUCGAUUAUACUCCGAACCCUAUUCGCUGGUAUGGUUACUAUUUCCUCAACGAUGACUCGGAUGGUACUUCGGUUUAUACCCACGAGUCCAACAUGAGAACUCUGAAACAUGCUGCAAACAACACCUGGAAAAUUACAAAAGUGGGUGACCUCACAGAACGCACGGUAGAACUACCGGUCAUCGCUGCAGCAAGAUCUCAAAAUAUGACACAAAGUUUCCUCUUGAAUGAUGGAACACAAGAUGUUGUCUCUCAAAUAACUUGCGUUCUAUACAUCGAUAAAUACAUGUGUGCGACGUUACUCCUUGAUGACAUAUCUGACGAGAGAUUCGCGAACCUUCAAGGGCUCUACUCCACUACAGGCACCCUUCGGCAAAACCACAGACCUGUAUUUCAAUGGACUAGAGCGAUCGCUGGUGAACAACAGAGAAAAACUAGCCAGGAAUCGGUGUACCUCUAUUUUCUGUCCAGAACAUCAGAAUGGGCAAUUGGUUCUACGAUGGGAGAUGGCGAGGAUGGCGUAAUCUGUAGAGUGGUUGACCCAGUGGAUGAUCCCUCGCUUAUAUCAAGAGAAUGGAACUGUCUCGAUAAUAUUUCUAACACCAUGAUUCAAGUUGAAUCGUUGCAGUUUCUGUUUUACCAUGAAGAGAUGGCACUUGAUAAAGUAACAGAGAUGACAGCUUAUUUGACAACAGAGGUAACGGCUGAUAUGACAACAGAGAUGGCAGUUGAUAUGGCAACAGAGAAUAAAGCUGAUUUGACAACAGACAGGACAGUUGAUAUGGCAACAGAGAUUAAAGUUGAUAAGGCAACAGAGAAUAAAGUUGAUUUGACAACAAAGAGGACAGUUGAUAUGGCAACAGAGA